AUGCUUGCAGCGUCGGAGGGCAUGAGAAGGUUGGAUCCGAUCUACGCUUUCUCUUCAUCGGUCGUGAUUGUUAUUCUGCGUAUCAUCAACUGUGAUGUUUCAUGGGAAAAUUACCGCAUUCAUACCAGGAAGGGACGGCGCGUUGAAUAUCAAAAAACACAGGGACUCGAGGCGGCCUCCAAGGCCAACAACCUCGACGUCGCCUCGACCCUCCUCUCGCAGCUCAAGGUCCUCCUCACCAAGUUCCCCAGCCUCCCCCCGCUGUUCCAGCAGACGCCCAACGCCGUGGAGGAGCUCAAGCUUGCGAGGGAAAUUUAUGAGCAGGCAGUUAUUUUGAGUGUGAAAAUGGAAGACCAAGAUGCAUUUGAAAGGGACUUCUGCCAGCUCAAGCCGUAUUACAUGGACACAUGGCUGUCAUUUAAUACGUUUAAGUUAAACGAGAAGGGAUACGAUUACCUGUCAAUAAACGACGCGAAGCAGAUGUUUAUGUUCAGCUCCGACAAGGAACUGCAGCAGUACAUCGCAGAGGAGCACCCCGAAUGGGACGUCAAGGGCGGCCGCGUCUUGCUCCAGAAGGCGAAGGAGUCGCAGCCCUGCAAGGAGAUCCCGGCGGCGCCGGUCAUCAACCAGACCCUCGGCUACGCGAGGGAGCUGGAGAGGAUUGUGUGAUUUGUUUGCCUCUUUUUUCCUUCAUCUUUGGACUGAAUUUCCCAUGAAGAGGUGGAUUGUUGGAUUGCCCUGUGACCGGCUGUACUAUUUUGUUAAAUCGUUUGUUUCACCCACGGUUUCCAAAGAUACACAACUGUGAAAUGCCGGCUUAAAAUGGCAAAAGGAACAACGUUUGUUAUGUUAGUCAA